UCUAAUUUUUCUUACUGCUUUCUUUUUUUUCCCCCAAAUUCACCCACGCCCGAAAGAAGCCGGUGAGCCCUUGAUCUCGAAAUCCGAAGACCCAGUUCCCGUUCAUCAAGGAUUCCUCGAUUUCGACCAGAAAAAGGCUAGUUAGAUGAAUUCUGGCCCUACCGUCAAAUGUUUAGACUAGUAGCAUUAUUGAAUGGGUGCUAUGGCUGGAAUGGUUCUACCAUCUGUUGGUCGUGUGAGACUCGCUGACCUUGUAGCAUCAGAAGGGCUUCCAUCCGAAACCUACAAAGUCUCUGUUUCAACUCUAAUGCAUUCUCUUGCUCAGUACUCUGCCGUCAUUGUUCAGUUACCUACAAGCGACAGCGCGCUUUUGAAGUCCGGGUUGGAGUCUGCUCGUCUUUUCUUUCACCAAAGAGAAUACACUGCUUCCAACAUGGUCCCUAACAGUGAUCCACAAGAGUGGUGCCGAACAUCUGGUUAUUAUUCAGACCCCCAGUCAUGGCAGGAAAACUAUGAUUACCGACCCGGUCUUACUCCAAUAGAGCCUAAUGGUUCGAUGGAAUUUCCUCCAGCCGGUCUUCCCGAUAUAUUUACAUUACUUGGGAAAGCCGCUCGAUGCAUUCUGGAGGCCAUCAGCUAUUCUCUGAAUUUACGCAGUUUUUCAUUUAGUGAGAUUCUUGAUAACUUCCCUUUGAGGAGCAGAGAGAUAUCAUCCUCGGUCCUUUCAGUGUGCUGUCACUCGAGACCCUCUUUCCAAGGAGCACAACACCAUAACUUGACGACGGAGGAUGGGUUCAUGUUUUCGGACCAUGAGCAUCAAGCUGAUAAGAGCUUACUUACUCUCGUUAAGUCUGAUAGGGCAGGCUUGCAUAUUAAGGAUUUCCACGGGCAUUGGGUACUUGUAGAUGGAGAUCUCGGCCCUCAAGAUGCUAUUGUGUAUCCCGGGCUUGCACUUUACCAGGCAACUGCUGGUUAUGUCAAUGCAGCUUUGUACCGAAUUGAGAUGGGUAAUUUGCAGGGUAAUAUGUAUGGACGACACUCUUUGGCUUUCAAGCUUAUGCCAAGAUCCAUGGCGAGUCUUAGCUGUUCAGAGAUGAGAGCAGCUGGAUAUGGGGUUGAGGCCCAAUUCCAGCUUCCGAUACCAGUCGAUGACUUCAUGCAGAGAACACACACUACAGAGCAGUUCUUCGCUAAGAAUAACUUUCCGAAUUACAGCUUUCAAGCAGGACAAGAUGCAGCUCUGAAACCUAUGAUAAAGAGGAAGAAGAGCAUUACAAAGUGCAAGACUCUACCUCCUUCUAAGAGGCUACGGCUCGAGGCACAGAGGGUCCUGAAGGAACGAGUCCAGGAUAUUGCCGACAAGAAGGGAAUUAAGUUGAGAUUUUGCAAUCUAAAGGAGUGUGAGAAUCAUAUACAGUCAUUGGAUAGCCCAUGUGAGAGCAUAAGGAUGGAGAUAGGAUGGCCACCUGGGGUUCCAUUUGUUCAUCCCCAUGAUCUCCCGAAUAAGGCAAAGCUCGGUUUUCUUGAAGCUUAUGAACCCGGUUGGACUGCCUCUCAGCAAGAUAUGGAGUUGCGCCUUAUUGAAUCUGGACAGGCCACUCAACACUCAGCUAAUUGCCGUGAAUAAUCCCAACUCUUGUUAUAAGAAUCAUGUGUUCCUUUGCACUUGUUGUAAAUGUCCUCCCUUUCAAUGGCUUCUGCACAUGACAUGUAUGGGACGUCCUCAUAAUAAGAAUCAGUCUCCGUGACUUUCGACACUGUACAGCUCUUUGUUAGAUUGUAACUUGACAAACUCCACCACCAGCUUAAUCUCAUCCUCCUCAAGCUGCAGUCCAUAUGUGCCCUGAGCUCUUGGAGGACAUUUUCACCCAGAGCCCUGAAGGCGCCGGACAAUGAAAAUAAAUAAAUGCAGCAGGUUUUUCACCCAUUGCUGUUGCCAGUGCAACCAAUGCUCAUGCUUUGAUUGUAAAUAUUGGAACUGGUUUACUUUAGAGGAAGCUUUCCCUUAUCAACCAGAAUCUUUUGUGAAGGAGUGCUGUCCCUUUGGAUGCAACAGGUCCCUUGCCUGAUCUUCAGAUUCUCCAGGCAUAAAAGCUAAAGAAAGUGUUCUUUUUUGUAUUAUUUUCAAGCUUCAACAUUUUCUUUGAAGUCGAUAGCAUCUUUUUAUCUCUUCAGGUGUUUGUAAUCAAACAGUAUUAUGUUUUAGCCUUAGAUUCAGGGUAGCGCAUGUUGUAACACAAUUGGAUGCCUAAAUUAUUGGUAUUGUCACAGUUUCAGUUUGA